CCAACGAAAACAAUUUAGCUUGUUCCAGCGGCGCCAUGUUUGCCCCCAGAGCCACCGUUAGGACUAAGAUGGUGACUUCGGGCAGGCUAACUGGACCGAGCAAAGCACAAGCAGCCAGGACCAGAGGAUCUCCUAAAUCCAGACUAGAACCUGCUUACUCUCUGUACUCCACUGACUCAGAGAACCAGGUGGCCACUCUCCACAAAGGCCUGGACCGUUGUGCUGCUCUCCUCAGUGACAUCCUCCAGUGUGAUAACCCAGAUGCCGUACCAAAGCAGGACAGAGCUGUGAAGGAUGUGGUGCCCAAAUGUCGACCUCACACUCCCACUGGGAAGAAGGCCAUCAGGAGGUCGCUAUCCAAGUCAGUUCCAAAUACUCGAAGCGCUCGUGUGGUCCGCCAAAAAUCCAUCACCAAACCUACCUCGACCACGCCCCAUCACCUCCCCGCCCCUCCCCACUACGGCAUCAAGCUCCACCCCCCUGUGAGGAAAGCACACCUGCUCAAGACCCCAUCCAAAGCACCGAACCCCCAGCCUUUAUGUACCCUUGUGCCCGACGCUCAGACCCUUCCUGCUCUGGACUGCGUGCCAGAGAGGGACCAGGGACCAGCGGGCGUCUCCAGGGAAAGCGAGUGGGAGGAGGGGAAAAUGACUAGAGUGCAGAGUCUGCUGGGAGAGCUGAGAACACUGAUGGUUGGACGUGGAGACUCUGCUCAAACGUAUCUAUAUUUGCUGGAGCAGACUGUGUCCUCCGCUCUCAGCUCUGAAAGCAACAAGAAUCAGGGCCCAAGUACGUCUCAGAGCCAAGCCCCAAGUGUCAGCAAGAACCAGACUGAGAGUACAGAGGUCCAGCUACAGAGACAGGUGAAGGCUUUGAAUCAGAAACUUCAAGACCAAGAGGCAACACAACAACUCCUAAACUCACAAGUGCUGAGUUUACAAGGGCAGCUCAGUGUGGCGGAGAAGGAGCUGACACAGGUGCAGAAAAGUCUCCAGGAGACGGAGAGUAGGCUACAGAUCAAAGAGGAGGAGAGCAUCGGCCUUAAAACAGAGCUGGAGAGCACCAGGGGAAGAUUGAGAAUGACUCUACAGGACAAGUUCAAAUUGGAGGGAAAACUCCAGCAGAAACAACAGGAGGUAGAGGCACUCCAGAGAAUAAUUAACCAUUUAGAUUUGUCGACCCCCACGCCUGACAAAGAGCCCACGUGUCCACCAGAGCCUGCCAGAGAGCACAUCGCCCAGUACCUCCUGUCACUGCAGCAAAGCCGACCCUCACAGCCCCCAUGCCCUUCAGGGUCAGACCAAGGGCCAAACCAGGGGCCCGAGCGUGACUGUGUGGACUCUGUGAUCAGCGACUGGAGCGCCCAAUCAGAGUCCAGCUUCAACACGCGGGACGAGGCUGCGUUCAGGGACGGGCUAGCAGCUCUGGACGCCAGCAUCGCCAGUCUACAGAAGACACUCAAAAUGGAUCUGGUCAAAACGUAAGAGUGCCACAGACUUUUGAUGAAAUGUUUUAUUCACAGAUUU